AUGACCACCCAGGAUAACCCCAAACUUCCCGCUGCCCCCGCACUUCUGACGACUCUUCAGGGGGAGAAACACCACGAGACGGAAGCCUCACUUUUGGUAACAUGGGAUGGCGAUGAAGAUCCUCAACAUCCCUUCAACUGGCCACAGGCUCGCAAAUGGGCUAUCACGAUUCUACUCUCGAACGGCGGCUUAGUCACGCUUAUGUCUGGAGCUAUGCUGGCACCAGCCCUCCACUCCAUUGCGCACGACCUCGAGACCGAUGAAGAGGAAACUCAGAUUUUCUUAUCAAUCUUUAUUCUAGCCUUUGCCUUUGGGCCGAUGGUUCUCUCACCACUCGCCGAGGUCUUUGGUCGGCGCCCGGUGUGGCUCCUUGGAAGCUGCUUCUACGUCCUCUGGAACACUGUGGCAGGCUUUAGCCAGACUCCCGGCCUUAUGAUAGCGAGCCGCGUCCUCUCUGUUAUUGGUGCCAGCGUAGAAUUUGCCAUUACUCAGCCCGUGUUGUCUGAUUGUUGGGUGCCGGCCGAGCGUGGCAAGUCAUUCUCAAUUUCUACCUUCAUCCCAUUGCUUGGACCGGCAAUAGGCCCUAUAAUCGGCGGUGUCGUAACUCAGACUAUUGGCUGGAGAUGGACGUUCUGGAUUCUAUCCAUCUACGACGGAACCCUGAUUAUCAUAGGGGUAGUUGUUCUCCAAGAGACGUACGAGCCGAUCUUGCUUGCGAAGAAAGCUGCAAAGUUACGGGAAACGACUGGCAAGUCCUAUCACGUCGACACAGAAUCUUCCACGUUGACCACGAAGUUAUCCCGUUCUCUUUCCCGACCGUUCCGACUUUUGUUCACCCAGCCGAUCCUCCAAGUCGUCGCGAUAUUUCUUGCGUAUAAUUUUGGUAUACUUUACAUCGUCUUAUCGACGUUUGCCAAUCUAUGGAUCGAACGCUAUGGGCAAAGCGAAUCCCAAAGCGGACUUCAUUAUAUAGCCCUAGUGCUUGGUUAUACGAUUGCCGCACAAGUGGGUGGUAAAGUAAUGGAUCGGUUAUGGGCAUAUCUCAAGUCUAAGCACGGUGACAAUACGGCACCUGAAUAUCGCGUACCGUUGAUGGUCCCUGGUGCUAUUCUCAUCCCACUGGGUCUAUUCAUUUACGGAUGGACUGCGGAAAAACACCAUGACUAUCACUGGAUCGUACCUGAUAUCGGCAUCGGCAUUUUCGGAUGCGGUAUCAUCCUCAACACCCAGGCUAUGCAAGCCUACGUAGUUGAGGCAUAUCGAAAUGUUGCUGGCUUUGCUUUCCCAAUAUUCGCGCCGUCCAUGUAUCGCAAUAUUGGGUACGGCUGGGGCAACACGAUACUCGGGCUGACAUUCAUCGCCAUUGGCUGGCCCGCUCCCUUCCUACUGUGGAGAUAUGGUGCAAAGCUGAGAGAAAUGGGCAAGCCGCAGUGGUGA